AUGGGUCUCUAUUCAGUAAAUAGUAGUGGAUCAUCAUCUUCAUCCAUCAUCUUGUCCAGAAUAACCGCUGACGAACGUGGGGACUCCAUACCUAGUAGACUACUUGUAGACAAACCAUUCACACACUCAACCCACAUCCCAAGGAUCCCACGGGAUCCUUUCACAGCCCCAGCUGGCCGAGCGAAGCCGCUUAACUGGGCGCGCCAGCACUAUGGAUCAGUGGAGGCCCUGGAAUACCUGCCUGGUACUUUACCGAUACUGACCGAUUCAGCCGGAUAUCAAGCCGUGUCGGGUUCCUUACGGUACCCGGUUUCGCCUUCAAUCCUGCCUUAUCACGAUCUCAAACUAAUACUGGUCAAGGUUCUGGCGCUUCGCAAUUCGUCUCCACGGAUUUCACUUGCCAGCCCACAUCUCAAUACUGAUAGACUUCAGAUGUCGCUCGCGGCCCCCAGCAGCCUCAACUAUAUCAUACCCUCGUUCACCCUCCAGGCGACGCUUAUCCGGACGGGUCUUCCUGCCCAUCUACCUAAGACUAGAUGCCUUAGCCCCAGAGUAGCUGCCGUGCCAAUUCCUCCUAAGAAGCUAAAACAAGGCCCUCGUCUAGUUCGCAUCGGCAGAUGGGGCGGAUGGCCUCGCUUCUCCCACUCAGGACGCCCAAAUCACGAUGUCUUGCAUGCAUGCGGGCAACAUGCUUUUGCCUUCCUCCCCCCCAAAAAUGUGGAUGACAGACGGGUGACCGUCGUCGUUCCCAUGUCAGCUGCUGAUCACCGUUGCUUCUCACCUUUCCAAUUCUCAGAUUGCCAUCCUUCAGUACACACCUCGGCGGUGCUGUGUCCGUUUCCCCCUUACCUCGAGGUCGACAGUUCCUUACUACUGGGAGUCUUAAUGGACUUGUUUGGAUCUCCAUUCGUUGCACGCAGGCAACAAAGCAGACAGAUCAUCGGAAAGACUGGCUCGUCAUCAUCUUACUGCCAUCUGAGUGGUCCACGAAGGAUGCUUUGUGUUUUCAUUCGGACUUUGGUGUCCAGCGAGUCACCGGGUCAAGGAGACAUCCACUUGCAGGCUGCAACACAGCCCAAACCUAUGCAACGAGUGCAGGGCGUCUGGGCUGGAUUGGUGGAAUAUAAUGGAGUCUCUGAAGCUUGCACCAUGGGGACCAGGCCACUAAGUUCAGAAAACAUUGGUGGCCGAGCUAGUCCGGAUUGCCGCGAUCCGUUAAUGUCAGUAUCUCCUAUGCUUUGGGGCUUGAAGAAUGCUGGUUGGGAUGGAUCUCCUGAUCUCUGUGCUGCAUACAUGAGAUUGAGACACGAUGCUUGUACUUUUGGGAACUGA